AUGUCUAUCACAAUUUUAUUGAUACUCGUUCUUGCCUCUAAAACAAUUAGUGCUUCUAAUCCUGAAUGCGAGAAUAUUACAUAUUGUGAAUGCUCGGAAAAUCAAUUAGGGGAUAUAAGCUCUAUUUUAAUUUCAAAUAACAAUUUGACAUUUACAAUAGGUGUAGCUUCAUGGUCAGAUUUCCAGGUCGAUUGUAAUAAUCUUGGUUGGUAUGAAUUUAAUAUUAUCAGAAAAGAAUUCGCAGAUGUUGUUGAUUUGGUGAAAAAAGAAUUGAAAAGAGAGCAUCUUGAAGGAUUUCCAAAUUUGACCAAAUUGGUUUUAUCCAAUAACGGUUUAACUAAUAUUUCGUCAGAUUUUCUUAGCAAUUUCGCUGAAUUGGAGUUUCUUGAUUUAUCUGAAAAUAAUCUUGUUUUGAGCAAAGAUAAUUUUAAAGAAACUUUGAAUCUUAAGCAACUUGAUAAUUUAGAAACAAUUGAUUUGUCCAAUAAUAAUUUCAAAGAACAUCUUGAGGAAGUUGAAUUAAGAAGAAAUUAUUUGAAUAAUAUACCAGAAAAUCUUUUCUGGUAUUCAACAUCUUUAAAAUACAUCGAUUUAAGUGAGAAUAAUUUUAGAAUAUUACCAGAAUCUAUCUUUAGAAAUUUACAAAAUAUUGAAAAGAUCUUAAUAAGUAAGAAUUUGAUUGAGAUUCUUCCUGAUAUCAUUUUUACAUCUGUAAGAAAAUUAAAAGUACUCGACUUGUCUUUUAAUCGUAUUUCUAUUGUACAAAGAAAUUUGUUCAAUGGUUUGACAUCGUUAGAAGAACUUAACAUGGAAGGAAAUCGCUUGAAAUAUAUCCAUAGUAAAGCAUUUUCAACCAAUGAACAAUUAUCCAUAGCUAAGUUCUCAGAUAAUAUUCUAGAGUUUGAUACUCCAUUGAAUAUGAUGUCACCUUUUUUUAAUAAUCAUCUUCUUAAAGAAUUGCAUUUAUCAAACAAUAAAAUUAAAUAUUUUUAUUCUGAUUGGACUACAAAUAAACUAGAGUUAGAAUUAUUGGAUCUGCGUCACAACGACAUAAGCGAAUGA